UCCAGGCCAGAGCGCAGGCUCAGCCUGCCUUACCCAGCAGGACGGCAAAGGGUCACUCAAAAGUUGCUGCAGCUGUGCCUUGUCCGGUGGCUGCUGGUGGCUCCCCACCGGAUUUUCCUGGAUUUUCCUUCUCCCUCUCUCUCUCUCUCUCUCCACAGAGCGCUUCCCCAGAGCAGUCUGCUGCUAAAACCUCAUCUCAAGCCGGGCUGCCACUUCACACAGGAGGGCUUUUGCCCGUGACAGUGUGUUUGCCAACAUGGCUCCCAAAAAGAAGAUUGUCAAAAAGAACAAAGGAGACAUCAAAGAGAUGACUAUAAUUGUAGAAGACAGUCCCCUAAACAAACUGAAUGCUUUGAAUGGGCUCCUAGAGGGAGGCAAUGGCCUCAGCUGCAUUUCUUCUGAAUUAACAGAUGCUUCUUAUGGCCCCAACCUCUUGGAAGGUUUAAGUAAAAUGCGGCAGGAGAGCUUCCUCUGUGACUUAGUCAUUGGUACCAAAACCAAAUCCUUUGAUGUUCAUAAGUCAGUGAUGGCUUCAUGCAGUGAGUAUUUUUACAACAUCCUAAAAAAAGACCCAUCAACUCAGAGGGUGGAUCUUAAUGACAUCUCCCCACUAGGCCUGGCUACUGUCAUUGCAUAUGCCUACACUGGUAAGCUGACUCUCUCCUUGUAUACAAUAGGAAGCAUUAUUUCUGCUGCUGUUUAUCUUCAGAUCCACACUCUUGUAAAGAUGUGCAGCGAUUUUCUGAUAAGAGAUAUAAGUGUUGAGAAUUGCAUGUAUGUUGUUAACAUUGCAGAAACAUACUCCCUGAAAAACGCAAAAGCAGCGGCCCAGAAAUUUAUCCGGGAUAACUUCCUGGAAUUUGCAGAAUCAGAUCAGUUUAUGAAGCUUACAUUUGAACAAAUUAAUGAACUUCUUAUAGAUGAUGACUUACAGUUGCCUUCUGAGAUAGUAGCAUUCCAGAUUGCAAUGAAAUGGUUAGAAUUUGACCAAAAGAGAGUGAAGUAUGCUGCAGAUCUUUUGAGCAAUAUUCGUUUUGGUACCAUCUCUGCACAAGACCUGGUUAAUUAUGUUCAAUCUGUACCAAGAAUGAUGCAAGAUGCUGAUUGUCACAAACUUCUCGUCGAUGCUAUGAACUACCACUUACUUCCAUAUCAUCAAAACACAUUGCAAUCUAGGCGAACGAGAAUCCGAGGCGGAUGUCGAGUCCUUGUCACUGUUGGGGGACGCCCAGGACUUACUGAGAAGUCCCUUAGUAGAGACAUCUUAUAUAGAGACCCUGAAAAUGGAUGGAGCAAGCUUACAGAAAUGCCAGCCAAGAGUUUUAAUCAGUGUGUGGCUGUAAUGGAUGGAUUUCUUUAUGUGGCAGGAGGAGAAGACCAGAAUGAUGCCAGAAAUCAAGCCAAGCAUGCAGUCAGCAAUUUCUGCAGAUACGACCCCCGCUUCAACACCUGGAUACACCUGGCCAAUAUGAACCAGAAGCGCACGCACUUCAGCCUGAGCGUGUUCAACGGGCUGCUGUACGCCGUGGGCGGCCGCAACGCCGAGGGCAGCCUGGCCUCGCUGGAGUGCUACGUGCCCUCCACCAACCAGUGGCAGCCCAAGACGCCCCUGGAGGUGGCGCGCUGCUGCCACGCCAGCGCCGUCGCCGACGGCCGCGUGCUGGUGACCGGCGGCUACAUCGCCAACGCCUACUCGCGCUCGGUGUGCGCCUUCGACCCGGCCACCGACUCGUGGCAGGAGCUGCCGAACCUGAGCACGCCCCGAGGCUGGCACUGCGCGGUCACGCUGGGCGACAGGGUGUACGUGAUGGGGGGCAGCCAGUUGGGGCCGCGCGGGGAGCGCGUGGACGUGCUGACGGUGGAGAGCUACAGCGCCGCCGCCGGCCAGUGGAGCUACGCGGCGCCCCUGCUGGUGGGCGUGAGCACGGCGGGCGCCUCGGCGCUGCACGGGCGCGCCUACCUGGUGGGGGGCUGGAACGAGGGCGAGAAGAAGUACAAGAAGUGCAUCCAGUGCUUCAGCGCCGAGCUCAACGAGUGGACGGAGGACGACGAGCUGCCCGAGGCCACCGUGGGCGUGUCCUGCUGCACCCUCUCGAUGCCCAACAACGUGACUCGGGAAUCCCGGGCCAGUUCGGUGUCUUCUGUGCCCGUCAGUAUCUGAUCCCAGGUAGAUGCCUGGACGCAGGGCAGGGAGAACACGUCAUUCACAAGGUUAACCUUUGAGUUCGCGAAAAGGAAAAUAUGUAACAUUUACUACACUGAUUGUAAUUUGAAAUGCAUCGAGGCGUAUGUCUUUGGUUUUAAAUUCCUGGUAUGGCAUAAUCUACCUCUGUGUCUUUUUCUUUCUCUCUUUUUUUUUUUUUUUUAAAGCAAAAUACUGGGCCAUAGCCAACAAAAGAAAUAGAAUUUAUGUCAGCGGCCACUGGGUGGCAGACGGAGUUCGUUGCAGGCCCUCACCCAAAAAGGCUUGCUUCCUAAAUGUAUAGCGGUUACGCCCACAUUUGAGAUUUUUUUCUUCUGCAUUUGGUACACGUGAGGCUUCUGUGAGUAAGCGAUUUCACGUUCAAAAGUUUAUUUCCUUCUCCUUUUUUAUCUUUAGGAGUUGAAACGCUCCUUUAUAGGUUUUAUAUAUUUAAAAAUGGAAAUUGUCUAUAACCAUGUAGACGUAAGAUUUAAUUCAAAGUCUCAACACAGUUUUCCCUCCAUACUUGACUGAGUAAAGAAUUUGGAAAGACAUCCCAUGACAUAGAACUUAAUUCUGACCGACAAGGAAUAGGGAUAUGACACAGGGACUGUCAAGUUGAUACCUUUGUGACAGCAUGUUUCCCCUCUUCCUCCAUGCCUCAGGCCCCCAGGGUAUCUUCUAUGAAAAAAUAAAUCCUGGGUUCGGCGCCUGUAGCUCAGUGGGUAGGGUGCCUGCCCACAUACACUGAAGUUGGCAGGUUCGUGCCCGGCCCGGUCCUGCUAAACGACAAUAACAACUGCAACUAAAAAAUAGCCAGGUGUUGUGGUGGGCGCCUGUAGUCCCGGCUACUUGGGAGGCUGAGGCAAGAGAAUCAGGUAAGCCCAGGAGUUUGAGAUUGCUGUGAGCUGUGACACGACAGCACUCUACUGAGGGGAAACUGACAUUAGUUCUUUAAUUAUAAUGUAAAUGUAAGUCAUUUUGUUGUUUCUCCUAGAAGUAUUCACAUGUUAUCCCUUGUUCACUAUUCAAGAGAUUUUAAGUAUCUUGGGAGCCUUAUCUUACACCAACAUGUUUCAAGGCAAUCUUGACCUAAUGUGAGCACUGGGAUGAUUACCAACUAAAACUAUUUCCUUAAGGAUCAUUAACUUAAGGCUUAAAUAGCCUGAAAGUUGUACAACCAGUAAUGACAAUUUGAUUUGUCCACUCUUUUAUAUGGUAGGAAUGAAGGAAACAUUUAGAAUUCUUAGAUCUGGCAAUAACUGGGUGAAUGGGUUCUCCUGGUGGUAAAUGCCUUUGUUUCCAUAUUGUGUAUCAGUCCUCUUAAUUUUAGUUAAAAAUCUAACACAUUCAUUUCACAUAGAAAUAUUAAAAGAAUAUAUGCCCUUUCUGUCCUAUUUUUGUUAACCUCAUCUGCUCCAAUUAGCUUCGUUAAUCAGAGUGUAGCCACUUGAUAUCAUUUUUUUCUUACGUUCUAGCCAACUUUUGGGGAAAGAGAAUGAUUGUAGUAAAUGAUACAUGUUUUCCUUUAUUGUAAUUUAUCACUUUAUUCUUUGAUAGCUUAUUUGUUUUGGAGAGGAAGUGGCCUACCAGUUAUGGGUUAUGUGCAAUUGGGUUUUGAAAAAUAAACUAUUUAAAGGUUAUAAGGUAUGUGGAAAUAUAACUUGAUUUUCAUUAAUCCUAUCCUCUCCCACCUUGUGUAGAUGGCUUAUUGAUGGAAUUAUGAUAUUUAUAUCUAAAGCAUUUUGUUCGAACUGUGAAAAGUGGUUCAUAUAGUACACUUUGUGGAACAAUUUUAUGUUAUUACCCCUUAUGAAAAGUUCAGUGUCUGGGUAUUUAAUGUUGUAACACCCAGAUAAAGGCUAUAAACACUAUAAAUUAAGAACAAUACAUUAUUAAUCCAAAAACCCUGGGCUACUUUCUUACCCCAGGCAGAGAAUGAGGAGUUUUACCAAGUAUAAGGCAGAUCUAAAGGCACCUGCUCUUUUGACUCCUUAUACCCUCAGGCUGGAAAAUAAAGCUUUGUGAGAAACUACUAUUUUAUGGACCAAGUUAUUUACCAAUGAUGCAGUUUGUACAAGCAUAUAACCUUUUGUCUUGGCAGCAGCAUUGGUAAAAUUAACUUGUCAUUUUUUUAUCAUUUUGGACCCAACUUGCAAAGCCUAUGUGAGGUUUACUGUAACAUCUUUUACCUUGGUAUGUGUGUAUCUGGUUCAUUACCUCGGUAUAUGUAUAUAUGUGAGUAUAUCUAUAUACACACACAUGCACACACACUAUGCUUAUACAACUGGAAAGUCUAUAGUGGUAAUCUUGAAAGGAAAAAAUGCUUUUUUAUGGAUUAGAGAUCACAAGUGAGAAAAUAGAUGUAAUUCCUGGUGCACACUAAUAGAUGUGGCUCCCCUUGAAAUCUUAGAAGAAUUAUGUAAACAGGAGGAUCUAGAGCUUGAAAUGAAAUAAGAAACAAUUGAAAGAAACAACCAAUUGUAACAUUAUGUGAUGGAAGAAUGAGCAGAGGAUUUUUCAUCUGUUGAGGUUUGAUAUGAUAGGUUGUGCAAAAACCUGACAGUGGCUUUCUGGAGAUGAAACUGGAACAUAUUAGAGCUGAAUAAAUCAUUUAAAAUGACCAUUUAAUGUAUUUUCUGCGUCAUUUAUCUGAAGACUCAGAAAAUACAGAUAUUUGAGCUUACCAGAAUCCCGGGUACAUUGCUGUCUAUCUUCUGUAUUAACAGUUACGUCAAUAAAGACGCAUAUGAAUGUGGAAUGCUAGAACUUCUCUCCUAACACAUUAGUGGGGGGCAUGGAAUGUAAAAGCUGGUGACAGUUUCAUAAUCUCGAAUAUUUGGCACUGCUAAUUGAACGACACAGAAGUAAGCAGAAUCAAAACAAGGUGUAUCACCUUUCAUGUGCAAAUGAAACGUAUUCUUUAACCCAACUAUUGAAGCAGUUGCUCCUAGAAAACAUGACAGGUACUCCAUGUUUCCCAACUGGAAAGUUUUUAUUAUGUUUUAAGCUUGCAUUAAUUACACUCCCAGGUCUCAGGAUCCAACCAUACGCUUCCUUUUUUAUUUUCUUUAAAGGACUUGUUAUUUUUAUAAUGCCUGCGUCUUAUGGUUAAAUAAAAGCACUCGUUCAAUGUAUUGGAGAAACAGCAUGUUACCCAGCAGCUGAAAUAAUAAAACUCCAGCUUCCCUUUUCUGAAUGGGCCAAAGACCUGAUAAGAAAGUCUCCAGGAAGCCAGACGUUUAUGUAGUUUAUGUAGUUUAGAGAGGCUUCUGCUGCCAGGGAGCCAUCCCUGGUGUACUAGUUGCUUUCAGCACAUUGAAUGAGUUUGAUGAUUCUACUUCCUAUAUUGUAAAAAUGGUUGUCAAUAGGUCAGUGAAGUACAGGUUAAUAUAAUUUAAAAUAAUGGUUAGAUGGUAGUGGAGUGCUGCGAGUGAGGAGGUAUACUGGAGGUAAUAAGGAAGUGAGUACGGAGUGAUUCUGUGGUUUAAGGCAGAGCAGCAAUCGCGGUAAGUGCAUUUUGCAGGCAUUCAUGUCAAUAGAAGUUUACAUGGAAACAGGAAAUAUAUAAAUACAAGAGGUCAUGUUGGUGGUGGUGGUGGUUGCCCUGGCCAAGUGUCUUCAGAAUUUUUCCAAGUUAUCAGAUGAAAGAAACUAAAAUCACUUCAUUUGUUUUUUCCCUUAGCUGCAAUCACAUGAAUUUGCGUAAUCUAUGAAUGAGUUAGAUCCCCAUCCCAGCCACUAUUCUCAAGCUCAAGGCAGCAUUAAAGGGAAUUACCUCUCAGUACUUCUUUUCAUACUAAUACAAAAUAUUGCACUAUUUCCUCCUUCAUGAGUAAUUAUGAAAACUAAAGACUCUAAAAUAUCAAAACUUUACCCUCCGAGACAUUCAGGGGGUAAAUAACCGUUUAAUAUUCCCCCCUCAGAGGAAUUUGAAAUAAAAUACUUACUUUGGGUAUUCCUAAAACAAGUAUUUAUUCAGCACAUUUGGGGUAAAUACUUUUGCUUUCUAAAAACAUUCUGGUACUGUGUAGUGAACAGCAAACAGAAAUGUAUGUAGUGUUACUUUGUAAUCUCACACUGUCAAUAAAGUUGCAUUCAGUGAGAGCUUAGUCAAUGACUCGAUGUAGGCAGUUUUGAAGUAUCCUUUCUGUGAUGAUUGGAGUGUUUUUUUUUCUCUAUGUAGUUUUCAUGAUGAUCCACCUAUACACAACAAAAACAAUAAAAUGAUAAAUAAUUGGGGAAAAAAGACUAGUAAAAGAAAAGGUAUAAAAUCAGUAAAGAGAGACUUACUUUGUAACUCAAAUGCCAGCUCAACUCUGGCCUAGCUCAGCCCUGACCAUUUAGAUUAAGUGUGGUUUCUAGUCUCGUUUCAGCCUUGCCGAUGGCCAACCUGGCACGGACUCAAGUGCAUCAUCAUUCACCAUUAAACAACAUGUCAGGAAAUAGGAUCGUAUUGCUGUUCAAGACACAUCCUCACAGCCUUUCUCUUCCACCUCACCCUUCCAAACAAGCCAAAGAACUGUAACCAACAAGAGGUGGUCAACCUUAUAUCUAAGUUAGUACUUAAAUAGUAACAUCCCAUUGAAGACAUAAUAUCUAGAAAAUUCUACGUGGCAGCAAUACUUUUCUUAAACUUCUCCAAGCCCCAUAACCAUGUAAACAAACUAUACUAGCCCCAAACAGAAACCAGCUGAUACCACAAUCUCAGUUUUGCUCGUAUCAACCAGGUGUCCCAGAGUUUCUUUACAUUUUCUUUAAACUCUCAUGUAACUCCAAGCUUCCCUCCUGGUUUCAAGCCUCCUCACCUACCCAUUGAUCCAUCUAUUCAAUUCAUGACAUGUAGAAUUAUUUAAUGACACUAAUUAACAUCUAAGGUAUUCUAGGAUGUAUUGAAAGGAACGCCAUUUUGCACAUCAUAUUUUUGGCAAGUUUGGUAGAAAGACUACAGCAGUGAUUUUCAAUCAGCAGGCCAUGAAAAACUGGUGUGCCAUGAGAGGAUCUUAGGUGAGCUGUGAAAAUUUGUAGUGGCAAUUAAUUAAAUUAGUUUUGAAAGAAGUGCAAAGCACAGGAAGUAUUUUUUUUAUUCUUUUUUAAAUCAACAUAAUUUAAAUGUGCUAUGGAAGAUUACCUAGAUGUUCAAGUGUGCUGUGAAAUGAAAAAGGUUGAAAAACACUGGUCUAAAGGAAUGCUUGAAGUAUAGUAGGAGAUCAAUAUUUUAUGUGAAAUAAGUGAAGAUGAAUGAGUGAAUGAAACAAUAAAGCCAUCGUGACUUAC